AUGGCUGAUAUUUAUGAAAAUGAACGGUUUAAGAAAUUCUAUAUGCCUCCUGUUUUCGAAGAGAGUAUCAAACCCAAAACCAACCUCGACGAUUCAAAAUUACUUCGAAGAAGGUUAGAUACAGUUUUCGAAGAGAGUGACGAAACCAACCUCGACGAAGAAGAAGCUGUCGUUAAAGACUCACAACAGCAUGUGACAGAAAAUAAAAAGCUGCUACUAUCAAUGAAUGCGUUUGAACUGAUUGCCAUGUCGAAAGCACUCAACUUCGAAAACUUGUUAAAGUCGAUGCUUGAGAAUUCGAAACCCAAAAGAAAAAGAAAGCUUAAUUUGCCACAGAGGUGUUUUACAUGGUUGAAGUAA